UAUCUUCAAACAAAAGCGCGAAACGCUUUCACCUCCCCAGUCAGUCCGUGCGGAUCGCAACUCAGUGCAGCCUCAUCUCGGAGAACGCCAUUGAGAAAGAGUGAGUGAAAGAGAGAGAGCGAGCUAGAGUGAAAUAGAGCAGAUCAGAGGAAGAGAAAGGAAAGAGACAGAGCGACAUACUCUGUGAAAAAAGUGUCCAUAAUUCGUCACCCUUUCUUUCUCAAUUUCCAUCACAAACCCUACCGGUGCUUGGAUGAACCAAAACCUAUCGAUCAGUCAGUGCUACACCUGGAUCUCCUGACCAGCUCCGAGCAGGCAUGUCCCGAAGGAAGCAGAGCAACCCCAGGCAAAUUAAACGUCCCCUAGAGGAUGGCGCCCUGGGGGAAGAGGAGGAGUGUGUGUCGGAGGAGAACGAGCUCAUGGCCAAAGAUGAGUUCUCCACAGAGGAGAACUUCUCAGCAGAGUUUGAGUCAGAGAACAUGAGCUGUGAGGACAUGGAGUAUUACUGCAACAAAGGUGAAGAAGAUGGCAGUGGAGAAGCAGGGGAGUCAGACAUGGAUGGGCAUAGUGAGUCCAGACACCCAGCCAUAGGACCAGAGGAUUGGGAUGGACCAAGAGAGCUGGAUGCGUUCCACAAGGAUGGAGAGCGCCGUAUCCACAGCCGGCAGCAGCUCCCUGUGGGAACCACGUGGGGACCUUUCAACGGGAAGAUCGAGAUGAACAUCGAUGGCAGCGGCAUGAAGAUGAAGAGCUGUGUACCGGUGGUGCUCAGCGCGGGCCCCAGGUGGCUGCUGGAUGUGACUUGGCAAGGAGCAGAAGACAACAAAAAUAACUGUGUGGUGUACAGCAAAGGUGGCCAGCUGUGGUGUACCACCACUAAGAACAUCAUGGGGGGCGAGGAACUAGUGGCGUUCGCCGUGGACUUUGACUCCCGUUUACAGGCCAUCAACCACAUGUCUCUGAGCGAGGGGAUGUACCCGGCCAGGCUGCUGGACACCAUCCAGCUGCUGCCUCAGCAGGCCGCCAUGGCCUCCAUUCUGCCCACCGCCAUCGUCAACAAGGACAUCUUCCCAUGUAAGGCGUGUGGGAUCUGGUACCGCAGUGAGAGGAACCUGCAGGCCCACCUGAUGUACUACUGCAGUGGCAGGCAGAGGGAGCCAGAGAGCCAAGGGGAGGAGAACGACAACGGACCCCACCAGACGCCCAGCAUCUGCCCCUUCCCACAGUGCAACAAGAGCUUCACCAGCGCCAGGGCCCUGGAAAUGCACCUGAGCACACACAGCGGUGUCAAAAUGGAAGAGACGCUCCCCCCUGGCACCAGCUUGAAAUGCACAAUCUGUAACUACACGGCGGAUUCUCUUAUUACAUUCCAACAUCACAUCCUCUCUCACCUGUCACAGGCAGCCUUCAGAUGCAAUCACUGCCAUAUCAGCUUUCAGAACCACAGGGAACUCUUGCAGCAUCAGGACUUACACAGCCACCAUGGCCACGGCGGUGGCAGCAAACUUCACAGGGAGAGCGACAGCGAGCACUCCCCCAGGGGGGCGGAGGAAGCCCUGCAGCAGGCGGCGGCCCGCGUCGAGCUGGCCAACCGGAAGGAAGCCCUCCAGAGUCCCAAAGGAUCCCUCAGCAAGGACGCCACCACUGACAGUGAGCUGGAGAAGGCUGAGAAAAAUCCCAUGCUGUCAGGGUUGAAGGGGGAUGGUGGCCAUCCGGGCAGUAAGGCCAGCUUCUCCUACACCCGGAUCAAGUCUGAGCCCUCCAGCCCCCGCUUGGCCUCCUCUCCCGUUCAGCACAACAUGGGCCCCACCUACCCUAUGGGGCCCUUCCUGUCCCAGUUCGCUUUCUCCCAGGACAUUUCUGUCGUCCCACAGGCUUCUGAGAUUCUGGCUAAAAUGUCAGAGCUGGUGCACCGGAGGCUACGCCACGGAGGGAACACGGUCUACCCUCCGGUGAUCUACAGCCCCCUCAUCCCCAAAGGGGCCACGUGUUUCGAAUGCAAUAUCACCUUCAACAACCUGGAAAACUACCUGGUCCACAAAAAGCACUACUGUAACAGUCGUUGGCAGCACAUGACCAAGUCGCCUGACUUCUCCAGCAUCUCAGACAAGGCCGUGAGCCCCAACAGCGGCCACAGCUCUGUCAGUAUGCUCACCGGAUGCCACCCGUCUGAGGUCACCGACAGCCACCUGAUGCAGUCGGCCUGUUUGUCAGUCAACUCUCAGAGUGUUCUGGACAUGAUCAAUGCAGGAGGGGCAGUGAAAGGCCCUGGCCCAGAGAAGGAGCUCCCGGGGCAGGUUAAGAAGGUCUCCACCACCCCGACUGGCGUAGAGGAGAGGCUGAACGGGAAGCAGCAGGCGGUGGAGGGGAAGAGCCCCACCAACACGCCUCUGGUGGAGACUGACGUCAACGACCCCAACCAGACUUCCUGUGCGGCCUGCAAUAUCACCUUUAGCCGCCACGAGACCUACAUGGUCCACAAGCAGUACUAUUGUGCUACGCGUCACGACCCCCCCAUGAAACGCAUGUCUGCCAACAAGGUUCCCUCCAUGCAGAGGACCAUGAGGACCCGCAAGCGCAGGAAGAUGUACGAGAUGUGUCUCCCAGACCAGGACCCGAGAGGACCCUCCAUUGGGCAGCCAGGGUUCCUGGGGGUCCCUCCUAUGGCGAACCCCUGUACGUCCCAGGAGGCGGUGGAGAGCCUGGCCGACCGCUUUCACCCUCGCUGUGACGUCUUCCCAGGGAUGGUCCCCAAACACCUGGAGGCUUCCCUCACCGUCACCAAGUCUAUCAUGGCCCCCAACAGUAAUGCCACUAUGGACCAGCAGGAGCUGGACGCACCCAUCGAUCUCAGCAAAAAGUGCUCGCCAAUCCCCAAUGACAAGACAUCGCCCAACUCCCCCAAAAGACUGUUAGACUAUCACGAAUGUACAGUGUGCAAGAUCAGUUUUAACAAAGUGGAGAACUACCUAGCGCAUAAACAGAACUUUUGCCCUGUGACAACAGCCACAGCCACCCAGCAGCACGGUGGUGACACCAUGUUCCCAGACGUGGUGAAGAGUGAAGGCAAUAAUCCUGAUGAUGCCUACGAUAAGAGCCCAGGGAAAUGUGAGAAGAACGGCAACGAUAAAAUGAUUGUGCAGAACGGGGGUGGAAUGUUCCCCCCUCACAUGGGCCCAGUGCCGGGUCUCAAGCCCUUCAGCGAGGCUCAGCUCAUCUCGACUAAAGACGAGAACAUGUUUCUGCCCCACUGCCUUUAUCCCGGCGCAAUAAAGAAGAUGAAAGGUGCCGAGCAAAUAUCGCCCUACUUCGGGAUAAAGCCGACCGAUUACGUGGCCGGCGGGCUGGUCAUGCAGGGAGAGAGAGAGGUGAGCAGCGAGCAGGAGCAGAGCACUAAUGGAGGGGGACCAGAGAUGGGGAGAGAGCAGCCUGCUGCCAACGGCUGCCCACUCCCCAGCAAAGAGCCACUGCCCCUGCUGCCCAAAAACAGGGGCAUGGUGAUAGUCAACGGCGGUCACAAGCCAGAGGAGCGCUCGGGAUCGGGGCCCGUCCCACCCAACCAGGAUAACCAAUCCCACAAUCCCCAGCAGCAAGACGGCCACCCCUCACCCACGUGGGGCGCGGAGAACCCGUCCGACUCCAACGAGAACGUGUCGCCCGCGUCCAAGUCUCCGACAGAGGAGACGGUGCCCACGGUGACAAAGGGUGUAAAUGGGUCGUCCCAGGCUCCGGGCAGCGGGAAGUACUGCCGCCUCUGUGACAUCCAAUUCAACAACCUAUCAAACUUUAUUACCCAUAAGAAGUUUUACUGUUCGUCACAUGCUGCGGAGCAUGUGAAAUGAACUACUUCCUGUUUAGUUUUCCUGUCCCUUCCCACUCCCCUUUUUUCUGUUUGGGUACACUGUCGUGUCUGGAGUAAUGCAUCACUCACGCAGUUCUAAACGCUGCUUGUGGACAAUCAAGAGAAGCUUCUUCUUUCAUCAUUUUAACACAUUGCAAAUCAUUGGUUAAAAAAGAAAAAAAAGAAAAAAUGAAUCCAGAGUAAUAUUGGUGCCACUUUCACAUUUAUUUAUUUUACAAUCAGUAUUAAUAGUAGUGAUCUUAAUUUAAAAUUCAAAUGAAAUUUAUAUCAGAGUUGUUUGUAAUGUUAUUGUAUAGUCAUUCUUGUGUAGCACACAUAUUGUUUACACUGUAAUGUAGGCUCAAUGAAACGAUAGAAUACAAAUGAGAUGCAUUUUAGACACAAAAAAGCUACUGAAGCACUUGUCUAUUCUUAUUUGCUGUAACAGUUUUUGUAUAUGCCUAAAUGUCAUUUGCAGCUUUGCUAUUCAUGACUCUGAUUCUUGGCCUUAGCCCACCUUUGGUGGGAUAGCCAGGUACAAUCCAGCUGCAUCUUCUGUUUUGGCAUACACUUGGCUUAGCAUACGUAUGUGGCUGUGUCCCUGUCUCUUUUCUUCAACUCAGACGUGGAUGUUUUCAGGAGGAUGGCAACAUUCUUGUAUAGUACUCAUAUUUCUGUUUGCUGAACUACACUUUGGUCUCCCUUUUUAAAAUUUGCUCUCGAUGCAAUACUUUGUAAAUGAGGGAACAUUACUAAAAGCAGUAUUAUGAGAGGGGGACUGCAUAUAUUUGAGGAAAAAAAAUUGUACAAGAAUUACAUUUAUUGCUGUUGAUGAUGGACAAGCUGGGUUGGGAGGUUGGUUGACGGGGGAUACUGAUGUAAAAUAAUCAUUCCAAUGUCCUAAUUAUGGGAGAAAAAAAAGUUUCUUAAAAAAACGUUGUUGCUAUGCAUGUAUAUGGAUGGAAUAAAGUUCCAGAACUGUUGGAAAUAAUUUUUAUUUUGAUGUGGUGUCAUAAUUAAACUUAAAUCCUCAGGAUAA